CUAUUGUUAAACACAUUAUGGCAGCGCACAUGUUUCUGUGUUAACGUGAAGGACUUUCAGAUUUGGCUUUGACAGGGAGGCAGAGGUCCAGACGUACACACAAAGGAUGUCUAAGAUCUCCAAAGCUGCCAAGGCGGUGAAGAAGGUGGAAGCAAGUGGUGUGAUCAGAGCAAUUGUUCGAUCCGGACAAGCGGCUCCAGGGCCCCCACUGGGCCCCAUCCUAGGGCAGCGAGGGAUCCCAAUCGGCGCAUUCUGUAAGGACUUCAACGAGAAAACAAAAGACAUUAAAGAAGGCAUUCCUCUUCCUGUCAGGAUCGACGUCAAGCCAGAUAGGACAUAUGACUUGAAGAUAGGUCAGCCUCCAGUCUCCUACUUCCUUAAACAAGCUGCAGGCAUCGAGAAAGGAGCAGGAAAGACGGGGCAUGAGACUGCGGGCAUGGUUUCUGUACGAGCCGUGUAUGAAAUAGCACAGGUCAAGUCCCAGGACGAAUGCUUUAAGCUGCAGGACGCCUCCAUGCAGAAUGUAGUCAAGUCCAUCAUCGGCUCAGCCAGAUCGCUCGGCAUUAAAGUCGUCAACGACCUGUCUCCGGAAGAAUACGGCGAGUUUCUGCGUCAGCGAGAGGAAAGAUUGAAGGAGGAAGCAGCAGCUAAUAUGGAGGCAGCCAUGGGCAAAAAGAAAUGAAAAAUAAUGAUGCUUGAUCUGUCCUGUGUAUUUAUACAUGCAUUUGAAUUCACACCAUGUUUCUUUUUGGUAAUAAAAUAUAUUUACACCCUCA